AUGAUAAAAUCAUUUUCAAUACUUUCUCAUCUCUCUCAACGGGUAACUUUUCUUAUUGUUAUAUGUUUUGUUCUAUGUUUUGUACAAUUUACACUUAUUUUUCAACUCAUUUCUGAGUCAUCUGAUAUAGAACGAUUUCUUUCAUUAUCUUCCGAUGAUAAUCUCAGUGCAAUUUUAAAUUGUACAAAAAAAUUAAAAUGCCCAAAUAAUAUUACACAAUUUUCUAUACAUAUUGAUCAAAAUAGUCAAUAUCCGAAUGUAUCAUAUGUACGUUCGCCUGUUUUUACAGCUAUACUCAAUACAAUUCGAAAUUCAUCGUAUUAUACUAAUGAUUCAACGGCAGCUUGUAUACACAUAGCACCUGUUGAUACGAUCGAUCGAGAUCGUCGAUCGAAGAAUGGUUAUUAUACAUAUUUUAUUGAACAGCGUUUGAAUUUUUUUCAUGAAUGGUCCGAUUCGAAUAAAAUUCAUUUGAUAUUCAAUCAUUACACAGGAACAUGGCCAUUGUAUCGACGUACCCUAGAUUUCACAUUACCAUCUCAUCAUAUUCUUGCAUCAACUAGUUUUACUACUGCUAACUAUAAUUGUUUAUCACACAUAACAUUUCCAUUGUUUCAUUCUGAUUAUCCAUCGAAUUUCACAAAUAAAUUUUCGUCUACCCGAACAAUUCUACUUUCAUUUAAAGGUAAAAGCUAUGAAGAUGUUCAACAUCAUCGUACAUUUUUUCGUCAUCUAAAUAAUAAUCAUGAUAUUAUCAUCAAAUAUACUGAUAAUACAAGUUCCUAUGAUCAAAACGAAUAUACUGAACUUCUUCGUCAAUCUUAUUUUUGUCUUGUACCAAGUGGACGUCGUUUAUAUUCGUAUCGUUUUCUUGAAGUAUUACAAUACGGUUGUAUACCUGUGAUAACAACAAGCGACAAUGAACCAGUAAUCCUGCCAUUUAGCGAAAUAAUCAAUUGGUCACAAUCAAUCAUCAUCUAUUCCAAUUCACCGUUAAGUCUAUUACCAUAUUAUUUGAAAAAGAUCGGUAAACAACAACGUAUUCAAAUGCAAAAAGAAUGUAUUGAUAUAUGGUUAAAAUAUUUUUCAUCAAUACCACGAAUUAUAUUAACUACGCUUGAUAUUCUAAAUGAUCGUUUUAUGUCUUCUUUUCCUAGUUAA